CGCGAAAGCUGCUCGGUGUCCCGGAUGAGGUUGAGUCACUCGUACUGAUGUCACUCGCGCUCUGAAAAUGGCUGAGUCGGAAGAGGAGGUGGAUGUCUUGGUCCAGAGAGUUGUCAAAGAUAUCACUAACGCUUUUAAGAGAAACCCUGGCAUAGAUGAGAUCGGUCUCAUACCGUGCCCGGAGGCCAGGUACAACAGAAGCCCCAUCGUCUUGGUGGAGAAUAAGCUCGGGGUGGAAAGCUGGUGCGUGAAGUUCCUACUGCCCUACGUGCACAACAAGCUGCUGCUCUACCGGCAACGCAAGCAGUGGCUGGACCGCGAGGCGCUGGUUGACAUCACAUCCACAGUACUGCUACUAAACCCGGACUUUACCACUGCCUGGAACGUCAGGAAGGAACUCCUUCAGUGUGGAGUGCUGAAUCCAGAGAAAGACCUUUACCUGGGGAAAUUAGCGCUGACCAAGUAUCCGAAAAGCCCAGAGACAUGGAUACACAGGCGAUGGGUGCUGAAGAGGCUGCAGAAGGAGCCGUGUGGAGCUGACGAGAGAAGCGACUACAGUGAGCAGAUACAGAGAGCCGUGCACGAGGAGAUGAAGGUGUGUGCCGAUGCGGCGGGCCGUUACGCCAGCAACUACAACGCCUGGUCACACCGAAUCUGGGUCCUGCAGCACAUGGCCAAAGGCAAUCUGAAGGUUCUUCAUGACGAACUCUCCUCCACAAGACUUUGGGUGUCCACGCAUGUGUCUGACCACAGCGGAUUUCACUACCGCCAGUUCCUGCUCAAGGCGCUGUUAGCCGAGCUGGGUCAGGCCCAGCAGCCUAACAGAGGAGGCUCAGUGGACGAGCCACACACCGAUACCAUCCCUCAGCUCUUCCACGACGAGAUAGAGCUCUGCACUGACCUCAUUGAGUCAUACCCAGGCCACGAGACCCUGUGGUGCCACAGACGCCAUGUGUUCUAUCUGUGGCAUCACUGGAGGAAUCACAGUCAAGAGAAGGAUCCUCUAUCUCCAGGCCACGCCCACACUCUGCUUAAUGACUCUUUAGACCCCAGUGAUGAAAGCAGGAGCUCCCAGGCCAUGGAUGUUGACUGUACACUAGAGGGCAGUAAGCACGGAGGCUACACACAGGACAGUAAAAGGUUGAAGCGAGGGCCGCCCUGCCCCACUCUCCCUUCUGAACACACAUUCAUCUCACGUAUCCUCAGCAGCUGCAGGAACCCUGAACAGGGCCGUUUCGCCAACGCAUACAGGAAGUGGCUGGACUCUGUCAUAGGUCAGUAGCUCAAGAUAUACUCCGCCCACAUGGUAAUGGGCGAGGUUUGAUAGAUCAGCUUAGUUUUGGCACCACCCACGCACGUCCUGCACAACUGAAGAAGGCCAGACUGUCAGAGAAGCUCUACAAGUGAAUUCCCCUUCAUGAUGAAAACCAAGUGAUGAGCCAUGGCAGAGUAAUGCUGGUCUGCAGUAUCUGCUUUUGUUCAGGUACUUGAUAUCUCAGGUCUGUUUUUUUUAUUUAUUUUUUUCCUCAGUUAUUUGAAACUUUUUAUAUUGUUUUUUUUUUUUUUUUUUUUUUUUUGCACAAUUUAAACGAGUACAGGACGUCUUAAUGAUGCUGCCUUCAGUUGUACAUUUCCUGUCAAGAGACUUAGGUGCACACAUUGGAGAUUAAACUGAUCCUAUCCCACUUCCUUCUGUGUCAUUAAGAGCAGACAGACUUUGGUUACUUGUCUACUUGUUUAUUUGCUCUUUGAACUUUUGUACAGGUCUACACAAAUUUCAGAGCACUUUGCUCCAGUUAAUGAUGUAAGCACAAUCACAGAGUUUCUCAGAAACAUUAAAAACUUGGUAGGCUGAGCCAUUUGGGAUCAAUAUUUAUUAAUAGUUUUUAUACACAGCCAAUAAUACACAACAGAAAUGGGUAGUGCUUGUGCAAUUUUUAGGUAUAUUUCUGUUCGUGUAAUGGCAAAGCUGUGGCUCAGGCUUCACAGUUAACUAUAUCAUCUUAUAGAGGCACGUUCAUCACACUCUAAAACAAAGAUCAUCUAGACAGAACCAUUAGGUGUGAUGCUGUGUGAAGAAUCUCAGUGUUAAAGCACAAACAGUGUGAUUUUAUUCCUUUUAUGUAGCCUGAGUUUUCGUUAUGAAGGGGAAUUUGCAAUAGAGCAUGAGCAUUUCUUGACUCGUCUACCCGUGAGGACGGUGUUGUGAUUAGAAUCAGUACAAGCUACAAAGCUGAAGUCUAACACUUGUCGAAUGGUGCUAAUUUUCUGCAGCCACAAAAGAAGGCUUUAACAGGCCUGGGUUGACAGAUGCUGCUUCUCUUUUAACACUACUUUUGAACUAUAUUUAUGCAAAGAAUUGUUAUAAAUUUCACUCACUCAUAUCACAAUUUAUUCAAACUGAACAUUUCAGCUGGGUUUACACUGUACGAUUUUAGGCCUUGUUUUUCCGUCACAGACAAAAAUCACAAAUCGUAAAAGAAUCGUGGUCGUGUGUUGAGACCUGUGAUCAUAUAAUGUGAUCUUCUUACAGGCAGGUGAUUCAGUGCCGUUGUGACCAAAGUCUUUCGACAAAAAAAAAAAAUUCUGGUAGUCUCAGAAUUAUGUAACUAAAAUCUCAGAUUAUGACUGCUACUACAAUGCUCAUCUCAAAUCCACCAAUAGGAAGGCAGCAUAGGAAUAUGGGAAACUCACUGGACAGCUACAAAUACAGUAGUAGCACCGGUAAUGGCAAAACGUGAACAAAACAUGAUCAUGGACACAAAAAAUCCUUACCUCAAACUCACGUCAAAGAAUGUUUCUGUUUAUGCAAACGUGGAUCGCACUGAAUGAUGGUAUAAGCAGAACAAAUAAUUUUCUUUAAUCGCAGGUAUGUUUAGAGCAUCUUCAUAGUAUAAAGCGACACGAGCGUGUUAUCACAGUCUGUCAUAGUAUUCGAGCAAGAUGUUAAUGGGAUCGUCUCAUACAGCAUGACGUGGUAUAAUCUUCACAGACCACUGAAAUCACACAGUGUAAACCCUGCUUUAGACAGUCAUGGUUGAUCUAGCCGUGCAUGAGAAAUUUCUGGCCUCUUAUAACCCUUGAAAUAGAACAAUCUUGUAAAGCAGAAGAGAUUCAUGGCACAUUUGUCUAGGUUUGUUUGUAGGAAAGCAUAUGCUUGUCAUUUUCAAAUGUACUAUACUAUCUUUUUACACGUAAUAAAAACUAUUUACUAGUCAGAGAAUAGAUUUAUAUUGACAAUGAAACACAUUUAAGUUCUUAAACAUAUCUAGAACAUCUUUAGGUUUGUUCCACAGAUACAACUUGAUUGAAAAUAAUACUCUGGAUAAUCCAAACUGACUUUGUAAUUUAGCUAAAAACUAGACUGGGUUUUCAUUUUGUGUACAAUGAAGUGUACAGUUUGUCUUAGGAAAUGAUAUUUGCGCAGUUGCACAGUGACAAUACGAAAUGAAGUGUUCCAUUUCCACACUUGUAUAGUGAUCAAAUAACUUUUAUCUAGGGCUAUUUACUGUUUUGUUUGUUUUUGUUUUGUUUUUUCUUUUUUUGCUUAGCCUGGAGUGUUUCUCUCGCACCACAUCGCUCUGGGGUGCAGUAGCUUGGCAAUAAAAGCCCAUUCUUCCUUCACUCUACAACCAAACGCAUUGAAAGGUAGACUGUCAUUAUAACGAAGUUCAUCAUAUAAUUCUUCGUUCUGUUCUCUGAACCUAGGACAAUAAAGUAGGUUUUAGUCAUUUUCUAGUUGGUAAAGGAUGGUUUUAAUGCCGUCACUGACCACUUUAUUAGGACCCAGUCCAAUCAGCCAAUCAUGGGGCAGUAGCGCAAUGCAUAAACUCCUGCAGGUACAGAUUAAGAGCUUAAUUUAAUAUUUACGUCCAACUUCAGAACCGGGGAAAGUGUGAUCUCAGUGACUGUAACCGUGGCAAGGUUGUUGGUGCCAGAGAGGUUGGUUUAAGUAUUUCAGAAAUUGCAGAAAUCUCCUGAGAUUUUCACAUACAAAGGUCUCUCGAGUUUGCACGGAAUGGCACGAAAAACAAAAAACAUCCAGUGAACGGCGGUUCUGAACCUGGGCAGUUGAAGAUUGGAAAACCAUCAUCUGGUCUUUUUCCAGUCUUCAAUUAUCCAGUUUUGUUGAUUCUGUGUUCACUGUAGCUUCGGGAUUCUGUUCCUGGCUGACAAGAGUGGAGUCUGAUGUGGUCUUUUGCUGGUGUAGCCCUUCUGCCUCAAGGUUCGAUGUGUUGUUUGUUCUGGGAUGCAUUUCAGCUCACCACGGUUGUAAAGCGUGGUUAUUUGAGUUAUCAUGGCCCUGCUGUCAGCUCGAACCAGUCUAUCCAUUCACCUCUAUCCUCUCUCAUUAACAAGGCUUUUCCACCCACAGAACUGACACUCACAGGAUGUUUUUCGCACCAUUCCGUGUAAACUCUGGAGACUGUCCUGCAUGAAAAUCCCAGGAGAUCAGCGGUUUCUGAAAUACUCAUACCAGCCCAUCUGGCACAAACAACCAAGUCACUGAGAUCACAUAUUAUCUCCAUUCUGAUGUUUGAUGUGAACAUUAACUGAAGCUCUUGACCUGUAUCUGCAUGAUUUUAUAGAUUGUGCUGCUGCCAUUGUAUUGGCUAAUUGCAUUAAUGAUCAGGUGUACCUGUGUUCCUAAUAAAGUGGUCAGUGAGUGUAUAAUCCCUUCUUGGUUACACUAAACGCUACUUAUAAAUACUGACUUCUAUACAGUCCCUUUACACUGUGGUAAGAUGUACUUACAUUUACCUGAACUGAUUCUUGUUACAUGUCUGUUACUUGUAGCAGUUGUCAUAUUUCCUGCUGCCAUUUCUGUUACUUGUUUGAAGAUUACUGGAAACAAACAUGCCUUCGUGGUGUUUUUUUUUUCUGCUUCCUUGGUCCAAAGUGGCACAAAAAAAGGAGAAAAAUCUUCCUCCUAGUUUUUCCUUCCACACACUUUUGCAUUUUGUGCUACUGCUGUACAAGUUCUGCCACUAAACCAACUACCUGCUGAACCAGAGCCAAUCAUACAGUCUUAUGUUAUCAGGAGAAAAGCUGCUGGUUCUAAGAAUCGCUUCUUUUGUAAGUCUUAUCAUUUUAGGGCUUUGACCAUAAAUCUAGCCUGAAGUGUAUUCAUUACCGUUGUCUUAAAUAAGGUGAUGUCCAUAUUACUUUUCUUUCUCGCAUCAUGUCUGUGUAUUAACUGCCUGUUCUGCCAUAACCUCUACAUCAUGACUGAAAUGGCGCUGGUGCAUCUAUGCAGAUACAUUCUCUCAAUUUUCAUCAAGCUUUGGGAAGAAAUAAUGUAGUUUUGUAGUGCUUUUUGUUCCUUCUCACAUAUUUCUAGGUAAGUUUACAUAAGGUACUGUAGGUUGCUAACAAAUCUAGCAUUUUGUCUGUGUGUUAUAUAUUUAUUUGUAGAUUAAAAAGACUUGUAACCACAGUAAUUGUUUUUGUCAGUUGCCUACCACAUGAAAUAAAAAAAAUUCUCUGGAAAAAACAGAAUUGCAGACUUUUUCACUA